UCAAGCUUCAUCACUUAGGGACCAUUCAAAAUGCUUAAAAAACCCAAUCAAAAUAUUUCCUCACUUUAUCUGCCCAAACUGUAAUGGCAGCACUGGCAGCAGCUAAGCUAUUCUCACUUCAUCCAAACCCACUUCAUUCAUCACUUCCUUCCCCAAAAUUGAACCCCCAUAACCAACCAUGGCUCACUCCCACAAAACCCAAGAGGCUGGUGCUGGUUCAUGUCUCUCCACAACUACUGGAACCCCUUUCUUCCAUUGCUCUUGUGGAGCAGCUACACCAAAACCAACAAGACCCAAAUUCUCUGUUUCAGGUAGCUGAGACUACUACUGUUGGGUAUUCACUGGCUAGCUAUUACACCUCUCUGGGUCUCUUUGUCAUCUCUGUUCCUGGUCUCUGGUCCCUUAUUAAGCGCUCUGUUAAAUCCAAGAUUGUGAAGAAGACAUUUAUUGUUGAAGGUCAAGGAAACAAGGCACCAAAUCGAGUUGCAGGAGAGAUAUUGUCCUUUUUCACGCGCAAUAAUUUUGUGGUCACUGAAAGAGGAGAAACUGUAACGUUUGAAGGCAUCAUGGUUCCAAGUCGGGGUCAAGCAGCGCUGCUUACUUUCUGUACCUGUAUCAGCUUGGCUAGUGUUGCCCUUGUGCUUACUAUAACGUUUCCGGACUUUGGCAAUAAUUGGUUCGGGAUCACUAUUCUAAGUCCGCUAGCGGGAGCAUAUUACUGGAAGCGAGCAUCGAGAAAAGAGCAAAUAAAGGUUAAAAUGAUUGUUGCAGAGGACGGGACCUUAUCGGAGAUCAUUGUUCAAGGUGAUGAUGAACAAGUAGAGCAAAUGAGAAAGGAGCUUCAACUCAGUGAGAAAGGCAUGGUGUAUGUCAAGGGCAUAUUUGAGAGAUGAACAUAUAUUCAAUCCCUUAAAAGUUUAGAAAUUUGCAUUUGUUCAAGCAACAUUGUUAUUUUGUCGGUUGUCUUCAAGAUCACAGUGGCUUCGAUAUAUUUACACAGACAAAAAGAUUAGGAGAGUUAUUUCUCUUUUGUAUGCCCUGAAUACUUUGAUGUGUAAAAAAUUUUGACGUCAAAGCUUGCUCGGUUUGCUGAUGUAUCAGAAUGUGUAAAUUUGUUGAGGAAAGUGUAUUUUCAUUAGA